UGUCACAUGACGAUCAUGGGAAGCUGAGAAAGAAUAACAGUAUACAGUCAGCUAGCCACAACUGAAAUUAAUGAAAUAAAUCAGCGGAAGUCAGGGCUGUGGGUUACCGGGGAGAACCAUGGCCAACAUCACGAAGAAAGUGUCGUGGUCCAGCCGGGCCGACGAGUCAGGGGCGACCGCGGAGGGAACCCCGCUACUCAACGGCUCCGAACAGCCCAGACCCUCCAGACAGCUGUCUGGAAGUGGCGGUAUAUUUCAGAUAGGCAGACUGAGCACGGUGGAUUUGGAGGAGGAGAUGACGUCUGAAGAGGAAUCUCUGAGAGGGAGGCCUAAAGAGAUCCCUCAUAAUGAGAAGCUGCUGUCACUUAAAUUUGAGAGUCUGGACUAUGAUAACAUUGAGAACCAGCUGUUUCUGGAGGAGGAGAGGAGGAUGAGUUACAUGGGUUUCCGCUGUCUGGAGAUCAGUCGCUGGGUGGUUUGUGGUCUGAUUGGCUUUCUGACCGGCCUCAUUGCGUGUUUCAUCGACAUUGCGGUGGAGCAACUGGCUGGUUACAAAUACCAAGUGGUCAAAACGAACAUAGAGAAGUUCACAGAGGUCGGCGGCCUGUCGAUAUCCCUCAUCCUGUGGGCCGUCCUCAACUCCGCCAUCGUCAUGAUGGGGGCCAUCAUCGUCGCAUUCUUCGAGCCCAUAGCGGCAGGAAGUGGGAUCCCUCAGAUAAAAUGCUACCUCAAUGGAGUCAAGAUUCCUCGGGUGGUACGACUUAAGACCCUGGUGGUGAAAGUGUGCGGUGUUAUCUGCUCAGUGGUCGGUGGUCUUGCUGUCGGAAAGGAAGGACCCAUGAUUCACUCUGGUGCUGUUGUAGCUGCAGGAGUCUCACAGGGCAGGAGCACCUCUUUAAAAAGAGACUUCAAGAUCUUUGAAUACUUCCGGAGAGACACUGAGAAACGAGACUUUGUGUCUGCUGGAGCUGCUGCCGGUGUUUCAGCUGCUUUUGGAGCUCCAGUCGGCGGCGUCCUGUUCUCUCUGGAGGAGGGAGCUUCUUUCUGGAACCAGAUGCUGACGUGGAGGAUAUUCUUCGCCUCCAUGAUCUCCACCUUCACCCUGAACUUCUUCCUCAGUAUCUACAACAACAACCCAGGAGACCUCUCCAACCCGGGUCUCAUCAACUUUGGGCGCUUUGAGAGCGGGAGUGUGGAGUAUAACCUCUAUGAGAUUCCACUGUUUAUCCUUAUGGGAGCUGUAGGUGGAUUGUUAGGCGCUCUGUUCAACAAACUGAACUACUGGCUGACCAUCUUCAGGAUCAGGUAUGUUCAUCGGCCGUGUUUACAAGUCAUGGAGGCCAUGUUGGUUGCUGCAGUGACCGCGGCCGUGUCGUUCACCAUGAUCUACUUCUCCAAUGACUGUCAGCCUCUGGGGCCCGAGCACAAAGAGGAGUACCCACUGCAGUUGUUCUGUGCAGAUGGAGAGUACAACUCCAUGGCAACGGCCUUCUUCAACACUCCUGAGAGAAGCGUCCGCAGUCUCUUCCACACGCAGCCAGGAACCUACAACCCGUGGACCCUAGGUUUGUUCACCAUCACCUACUUCUUCCUGGCGUGUUGGACGUACGGCCUGGCUGUGUCGGCGGGGGUCUUCAUCCCGUCUCUGCUGAUAGGAGCCGCCUGGGGAAGACUGUUUGGUAUCCUGCUGGCCUCCAUCACCCCCGACGGCUCGAUCUGGGCAGACCCUGGUAAAUAUGCUCUGAUCGGAGCCGCAGCUCAGUUAGGUGGCAUAGUGAGGAUGACUCUCAGUUUGACCGUCAUCAUGGUGGAGGCGACGGGAAACGUCACGUACGGUCUGCCCAUCAUGCUCGUCCUCAUGACAGCCAAGAUAGUAGGGGACUAUUUUGCAGAGGGUCUGUAUGAUAUCCACAUCAAGCUGCAGAGCGUUCCCUUCCUGCACUGGGCGCCCGCCACCUCUCAUUGGUUAACGGCCAGAGAGGUGAUGAGUGCCCCGGUCACCUGUUUGAAUAGGAUAGAGAAGGUGGGGACCAUCGUGGACGUCCUUAGCAACACGUCCACCAAUCACAACGGCUUCCCGGUCGUCAUGCAGGGCGCUGGUGGUGAGGAGCCCUCGAAGCUCUGCGGACUCAUCCUCCGCUCUCAGCUCAUCGUUCUCCUCAAGCACAAGGUGUUUGUGGAGCUGGCCCGGUCCCGACUGACUCAGAGGAAGCUCCAGCUGAAGGACUUCAGGGACGCCUACCCCCGCUUCCCCCCCAUCCAGAGCAUCCACGUGUCCCAGGACGAGAGGGAGUGUAUGAUGGACCUCACCGAGUUCAUGAACGCAACGCCUUACACUGUGCCACUGGACACUUCUCUGCCUCGUGUGUUUAAGCUGUUCAGAGCGCUGGGACUCAGACACCUGGUGGUGGUGGAUGAUGUGAACAGGGUGGUUGGUCUGGUGACGCGGAAAGACUUGGCCAGAUAUCACCUGGGCAGACACGGACUGGAGGAGCUUCAGCUGGCCCAGACAUAGUACUAACACGAACACACACACACACACACACACACACACUGAUCUAUGAACUAUGACCACCUGAUGCCUCAUCAGCUGUACACCAGCAGCUAUGCAGCCCUCUGCAGGACACUAUCAACGGCCGAGAGGUGUCAGUUUUUUCCUGAAGCCAAAAUGUUCACCAUGGCAAAACGUUUUGAAGUGUAACACACAGACACAUUGAAAUGUAAACAUUUGAGAAAAAAGAAUGGCCCCUUAUGCACUGUUUCGCUCUGUUAGAUCUACGUGAAAUGAUUUGCAUUGAAAAGAAUACGUUACUUGUCUCUGAGACAUUAAAUGAAGCCUAAACACAGGGGCUUUGGUACCCUUAGUAAUUUUUUCUUUCAGUUGUAUGCCAAUAAAAUCUAAUGGACAGAAAAGAAACAAACAUUUGCCUUAUCUGUUGUGGGUUAUACUAUUCACCGGCCUCUUUAAAGACUUUUUGAGUAGGCGGUGAAGUUAAAAUCCCUCUGCUUCAUCCUCACAUGUACUUCAGUGUGUCCUUUGUCCCUUCUCUAAAUCCCUUCACAAAUUAAUCAGUUAAAACAUUGAUUAAUUACACCGUCAAAAACAAGAGUUUGCUUUGAAAACCUGAUUUUCUAUCCAGGGUUCAUCGUGUGAUAACUGACCGUGUAAGGUUUGCUGUGGCGAUGCAGGAGAGGUUUUUAUUUUGGGUUAUUGUGUAGUUUUGCACUGAUGCUGUUAUUUAUUGUUCAUGUAUUUUAAAUGUGUGAUCUGGGCUCACAUCACAUAUCCCAAGACACCUUUUGAAAGGACAUAAUGGCCGCCUAUUUUGUGUGGAAAAGUGUCAUUUUGUCGCAGGAGAGAAAUCUGGAGAUACAGAUCUCUCCUUCCCUUUUUCUGUCGGCUUUACUGAGCAUAUCUUUUGUACUACUGACAGUGAAAGUGGACGGAAACUCUAAAGUACCAUCUUCUUUUUUCAGAAAACCUCAAAAUGUUCUGACUUCGGUCUACUACUGAAAAAAAGUGUCACUCACGAACUCCAAAUGAAUGUCAACCAUUGUCCAUCACAUGAUUCACACUCAAUACAAAAACCCUGAUUUAACAGUAUUUAAAAUUGUCAAUUUGUAAAUCCAGCUUUUUUUUCAGUGUUAUUUUGUUCUUCUUCAUCGGUUUUACCCUCAGAUUUUGUCUCCCUUUUGUUGUCUUUGUACAGUUCUAGAUGUUAAAAUAUAGACUAUGCUCAAUUUUAUAAGCACUGGAUAAGCCUUUUGUGAAUUAAUAAAGUUGAAAUCUA